AUGAACGAUGACGAGAAUGAUACCUCUCCUGGCGAAUCUUCACGCAAGCGCAGUGGUUCAGCACUUUGUAUGGGCCCCCGUAAAAAGGCUGCCUCAUCAAAUCCCCUCGUUCUCCAUGGUCGGCACUUUGGUCGGACGGUAUUUGCAUUAUGCAAUUAUCCUUCUCUCCUGACUGGAGGCAUACUCCGACUCGAGGAGUUACAAGACUCUUCCAUAGAAGAUUAUCCUGUCGAUGUUCGACGGGAGCACAGGGUAUUCUUGGAGCUUUUAGACUCCUAUCCAGGUCUCUUAGAGCGUCUGACGGCCGGUGAGGAAGAAGAUAUCAUCCACAUCGGAGAAUUGAUGGGCAAGGGAGCGUCUGGUGCGCGAGGCGAUGACACUAAGACCCUCAAAUCUGCCGUACUCGAAUGGCUUAUGCCAAAAGGACAGCCACUCAUCCCGCCCCUCUCCCGAAAUAUUAAGUCCGACCGUGGAUUCAACCAUGAAGUGACUGGUGCAUUGCUCUGCCCCACAGGCCUUGAUUGGUCAAAUUCAGAAACCAAAAAUAGCCUUAAAAGUGGUGAAACGGCGGUCCGUGGUGACCAGUGGCCUAUGUUUUUAUAUUCUGGAUAUGUCUAUGAUCCCGAAUUUCCAUGGCAGGGUUUAUUAAAGAGCGAGAUUCUCAUCUGCGGUUUCAAACACGUAUUUACAUCUCCAAGCUCCGUGGAAAAGGAGCCCAAAGCUACGCGUUCUGGUAAUGCGUACCUCCAUGGCAUGAAAUCCGUGACAAAAGGUUCGCUGGCUUAUAUUGCUACGCAGGUUCGCUUUGCAUUGAGCUCCUCCUCUGUAUUUUCUCGCACGGACACGGUCACAGACUCAGAAAAUUUUUAUCACAGCAUUCUCGACCUGUUAGAGGAUCUGGAUGAAAUUGAAGAAGUAGCUGACCUGAUGACAUGGUGGACAUGUCGAAUUUUUCCGAACUCUUCCUCUUCACAACGAACCAUUAGCAAAAACAGCGCGUUAUCCAAAAUUCGAGAAAAACGCGCUGCCCUUCAUGCAAUGGCCAAUGCUAACACUAAUUAA